GUUUCGUGACGGCUCCACUGACAGAGUUUUAUCGAUAUCUUCUCUUCGACGAGAAAUGUCUGAAGCAGAACCGGACGAAGAUGUGCACGAACUCAAAGUUAAGGCCAUUAUUGGCUUCGAUGGAGGCACGAACAACGGUCUCAUCGUCCACCCGAAUCGGAAACAUCUCCUCUACCCGCUGGGAAACAAGGUCGCCAUUCAAGAGUGGAGCACCAAAAAACAGGCCUUCCUCGUUGGACACACCAACAUAAUAUCAUCGAUAGCUGUGUCUAGGUCCGGAAAGUACGUGGCCAGCGGACAGAUAAACCAUAUCGGCUUCAAGGCCAGAGUCAUAAUAUGGGACUUUGAGAAACUGGAAAUGGUAUCGCAACACGAACACCACAAGGUGAGAGUCGAAGCCGUCACGUUCUCCAAAGACGACAGAUACGUAAUCACCCUCGGUGGAAGAGACUGCGGCUCGGUGAUCAUCUGGGACAUCAAGGAGCAGCAGGUCAUCUGCGGCAGCCAAGUCUCCAGAGGUAUACAAGGGGAAGCCACCGUCAUCCAGUCUAUGUCCAGGAGAGGAGCAUGUUUCAUAACCGCAGGAGAACAACACCUAGCAGUGUGGCGUAUAGACAAAGACGCCAGGAACGUAAAGUCCAUCAACGUCGCUCUCUCCAAGACGAAACGGGCAGUUUUGUGCCUGGACACCAACGAGAGAGACGAAUUCUGCUACUGCGGUACCUCAACCGGAGAUGUUCUGAAGAUACGGUUGUUUUUUCACCACGAUAUCGAGAUCCUAGAGCCUGUGAAACAGCCUUCGUUGAUCGGCUGCUGGGCAAGGCUGACCAGAAAGAAACUGCCACGAGGAAGCGUUGAUCUAUACCAACUCGGAGUACGUUCCAUCCGCAUACUCUCCAACAGCAUCUUUGUAGUGGGAGCAGGGAACGGAACUCUCGAAAUGGUCGAGGAAACUGAAGCCAAAGUAACUCCACAGCACGGCAUCAAAUUUCCCUCAGUACCAGCUUUGAAAGUCCUGAAAUCGACCAGCGUAAACGGUGCGGUCACUUCCUUGCAACUCCUUAACCAAACAACUCUUCUGGCAGCCACAGAUAACUCUGAGAUUUACAUGAUCCGGUUGGAUGACUUCAACGCACAGUUGAUGGUAACUUGCCACACUUCCUCGAUAUACGACGUGACAUUUCCUUACAAUUUCUCCGAGGUGUUCGCUACGGCGGGCAAGAACGAUGUCAGAGUCUGGUCCAUGAGCACCAUGGAAGAACUGCUACGUAUACGAGUCCAGAACUUCAUUUGCUCCAGCGUGGUCUUUGCCUACGAUGGAAAGUCCAUUCUGACUGGUUGGAGCGAUGGCAUAAUACGUUCCUUCACACCACUGACAGGGCGACUCAUUUACGCGAUUCUAAACGCCCACAAUAAAGGCGUUUCGUCCCUGGCAGUCACCUCAGAUGGGAAAAAAUUGAUCAGCGGCGGUUGCGAGGGGCAGGUGAGGCUGUGGGAAGUAUCUCCUUACAGACAGGACCUAAUCUGCACUCUCAAGGAGCAUAAGGGCCCGGUGUCAGCAAUUCAUAUCAAUAAGUUCGACAGCGAGGCAGCCAGCGCUAGUACCGACGGUACUUGCAUCAUCUGGGACCUGGAGAGGCAAUGCAGAAGGCAGAUCCUAUUCGCCAACACGCUCUUCAUGUGUGUGAGGUACUUCACUUCCGGCGUGCAGAUACUGACAGGAGGGUCAGACAGAAAGUUGUCUUACUGGGAAGUGUUAGACGGCAGCCUGGUGAGAGAGCUGGAAGGGUCUCCUUCGGGUACCAUCAAUGCUCUGGACAUUUCUCCCGACGGGGAACGUUUCGUGAGCGGCGGGAAUGAUCAGAUCAUCAAAGUCUGGAAAUAUCAAGAGGGCGUAGCGACGCAUAUCGGAGUAGGCCAUGCGGCUGUUGUUACCGCAACACGUUUCAGCGCAGACGGGAAAUUUAUAGUAACCUGCGACGCCUCCGGCAGCGUUUUCGUCUGGGAAUGCCCGCAGGAUCCACCAAAGAUUAUAGAGAAGCCGAAGGAAACCGAGAAAGCCGAAACUCUGAAGACUCCUGAAAUUCCCAUUAAGAAGGAAGAGGAUAUUCGUGAUUUACCGAGCGUUCGAUCCAGCAAGAGCGGUUCUGGCAAGAAAAAAGGUGCUGAUGACGAAUGUAAGUGCAGCACGAAAUCGUCAACUGAAGGCAGCUGUCAAGGGAGUGCGAGGUCAUUGUGUAGUGACAUGUCAGCACCAUCUAAUAAAUCGAGACAGAAAACAAACCAAGUGGGUUGUGAGGUAAACAGGGAAAAUUCCCAACGGAAUUCAACAAGGAGUUUAUAUUCUACGAAAUCGAUUUCUUCAAGAGAGUCGAAGAAGAAUUCUUAGGAGAUAUUUACUUUAUAUGUACAAAAUAUAUUUUACUAUAACGUA